AUGUAUACCCAUGGUCAAGGGGUUGUUAAACAUGUGUGGAAGGUUCACCAUGAGAGGAUUGUCGCUGAAGGCCUCCGUACUGGCUGGAUGCAACGCCUCAGUCAACAUGACGCAACCCACCAUGGCUGGCUCUCCUGUGUCCCCCGCUCCGCCCAGCUCACCUCCCCCUCUGCCAACUACCUCACUGCCCUGCGCAAGGAGCUCGACGCCCGCCCGCCUAUCCCUGCCACGGAACGGGACCACCGCCACAUCAGCCCCUGGCAUGCCACCACCCGCUGGAUGGAGUACAUAGAUGGUAGGGACCCGCAGGAGAUGCUUAAUCUCAUCAAGCCUCCUGAAGAAGGCCAGCCCUUCUUCUACCUCAUCGCCUGCGUCCGCAACUACGUGGAGAGGGCGUAUGACUUGAUUGCCACCACCAGUGAUGUGUGCCUCCAAAUCCUGCACACGGACACGGACACCAGCGACUUCAACCACCAGCCGUUUGCGCGGCAUCAAGCAGAGGGUACGCUGCGUGCCUACGAGCGUCUCGUGGUGCAACUGCUGCUCUUCCUGCUGCGGGCUGGGCAAGACAUGGACCUGCCACUAGACGUGAAGGCCGCACUUCAAGCCCUACACCGUGGCCUGCAAGGUGACAUGGAUGAUGCUGGUCAGGCCAUCCAUUCACUCCUGCUUGCGCUGUGGAUGCGCGAGUGGACCCCCACAGUGGACAACCUCUUCCCGGACCCCACCGUCUGCUUCGUGAUCCACACGCAGGUGAACAAGGAUGGGAGUUUGAAGAAGCCGGAUAGCGUGACGGGGAUAUUCGCCAAGCUCGUGUAUGACAUGCGCUUGACAUUCCUGUAUGAGUGCCACCAGCGCCUCUCGCGGGAAGAUCACCCUGCCACCCUCACGCAGUCUGCACAUGACUUGCGCCCAUGGUUCACCGUGGGGCGUGAGUCUACCUUCCACUCACUCAAGUCCUUGCAGCACCGCGCGUCCAGCAUCACCAUGUCCACGCAGAACGAGCCCAACAUGGUGUGGAAGGACGGAACCAACUUCUCCACCCUCAUCUAUCUAGGUGAGGAGCUUUCCCUCCAGGCCCUACGCGAGUGCCAGGGCGCUUUGGAGGAUGCAACGAAGACGCUUCUCGAGGACACCCUGCUGUUUGGCCACCACUUCCCCAUCGACAUUGCCGCGCUGCAGGAUGACAUGGGCAACAAGAAGGCAGGCUACUCGCUCUUCGCAGACCGCCGUAACCAGGAUGCGCUGGGCCCAACGGACCAGCUUGCAGACUACAUCCUUCGGACCCCUGCGCUGCGGAAGCGCUUCGUGAUCAAGAUUGUGGAUGGCAAGGUCAUCUGGAACACCGUGGAGCUGUCUAUCUGGCUGUCUGGGUUCACUCGCCUCAACCUUCUCUGUCUCAUCCAGGCUGAGAUGAACUGUGGUGCGCCUGGUCGUACUACGGAACUCACUGCCAUGCCUACUGCCAACACUCCUGCCGGCAUGCUCCGCGCCCUGCGCAUCAUUGGGGAGUACAUCGUGCUCAUGCGGACGUACCACAAGAUGCGCGCUGCCUCUGGUCUGGACCGUGUCAUUCCCCAUGCCCUGAACGCGGCGCUCGCAGCCGUGUUCAUCUACAAGGAGGCAAUCUGCCGCCCCUUUGCGCAGCUCUGCGUGAGCGUGCUCUUCCCAGGCAACCAGAAGGUGAAGUCGCUCUAUCAGGACUUCUUGUUUGUCAACUAUGACAGGCCCUUCGAUGGGGAAGACAUCACCAAAGAGAUGAGGCUCUGGACGCAGGCCUAUCUGGGUAUUGAGCUUGGCAUCUCCAAGUGGCGCCAGUGCUCUACCCCCUUCCGCCGCAAGCAUGCUGGCCUGGAGGAGAUGUGGCUGGAGGACCAGGACACGGUGGACUCUGCGCAGGCUGGGCACUCGCACAGUGUGGACACUACCCGCUAUGGUGUCACCAACUGGUCUGCAACUGGCCUGGCAGAAGACUACAUUGGGCCGUUCCUCAAGACUUCUGUGCUCUGGCAGAAGGUUCUUGGCCUGGUGCCAGGCGGGAACCGUCUCUCUCUGGAGGAUGCUGCACGUGUCAACUUCAAGCCUGAGCCUGCCCGCCUCCCCAUUGCUGCUCCAGCUGGGUUGGAUGUACAGGCCAUGGUGCAGGCUGCCGUGCAGGCUGUCCGGGACGAGCUAGAGCCCAGACUCACUGCUAUUGAGCAGCGCAUUCAAGACACAUCUGCCUCAACCAAGCAAGAGUUGCAGGGGAUGUUUGCGGACCUCAAGACCUUCCUGGCUGGUGCCAGUGUUCCUGGACCCAUGGCUGGCCCCUCCGCUCAGGUACAAGCACCUGCACCUAGGCUUCCACGCUCCCCCAGCCCUGAAGACCGCACAGAAGGCAUGUACCGUGACGACGUGUUGCCUGCCCCAGCCCCUGCCCAUGUUGCUCCCAUUCCACGUGCCCAGGUCCCUGUUCCGCUGCCAAAGCCAGCACCCAUUCCCACUGAGGCUGAGGCCUUGGAUGCGCUGCGUGAAGUGCUGCUCAAGCCUGAAGCAAAGUGGUCAAAUGAAGGCCAGAAGCUUGCGGUUAUGGCUGGGCUGCAGUGGAAGCAGGACCUCAUC